AUGCCCAGAGCAAUACAACUAACCGAAAGGGAAAGAAAGUUGAUUUUAGCAUGGCACAAGAAAAAUAUACCCCAUCGAGAAAUUGCCAAGAGAAUUAAUCGGUCGAAGACAGUGGUAACAAAUUUUUUAAAAGAUCCACUUAACUAUGGCUCGAGAAAACCAACUGGUCGAAGAAAAACAGUCGAUGGACGUAGCAAACGCCUUAUUAUUAGAACUGCUAGUAACAAAUCAAUACCUUGUUCAAAUAUUAUUAGCGAUUUAGGCCUAAAAAUGUCACGAUGGACAAUCAAUAGAGUUAUAAAAAGAUCAAACAUUCUUAAAAAGAUGAAAAAAAAACGCUCUCCUGCUUUAACAACAGUUCACAAAGAUUUACGAUUAACUUGGGCUAAAGAUCAUAUGACAUGGAAUAAUGAAUGGUACAAAGUUGUUUGGUCUGAUGAAAAAAAAUAA